UUUACUCACCAAGGAGGAGCCUGGAGACAGGCCGACAUGCACCACAGUGGAGGCUGAGAACUUGCGUUCAGACUCCCCUGAUCACAGCCAGUCCGUGGGCGAUGCUCACCCGACGCCACGCAGGGGAUUGAACUCCGAUCACCAAGUCCGCUGAUUGCGCAGAGCAGCAGGGAGACCGCAGCAUUGCACCGACAGCCAGGAGGAUCCAGGGAGAAAACGCAAACCCAAAAAUGUCACAGAGCGGAGGUCAGACGAAGUUCAUCUUCCUGUCCUUGAUUUUGGUGUCUCAUCUGUUUGUUAGUGCCGAGUACUUCAACUGUGGAGAGUACGAGUUUUUCAACCAGACCAGCAACAGCUGCCAGGCCUGUCCUCAGUGCCAGCCAGGGCAAGAACCGCAUAUGACAUGCGGUUAUGGUGUAAAGGAUGAAGACUUUUCCUGCGUGCCCUGCCCACAGGGGAAAUACUCCAAAGGAAAGUAUGAGAUCUGCAGGCGCCACAAGGACUGUGAUGCUCUUUAUAGAGCCAUUGUCCGUGUACCAGGAACUGCUGAAAGUGACGCUGAGUGUGGACAAUGUUUACCAGGGUAUUAUAUGUUGGUGAACAAACCUAGGAACGCUUAUGGGAUGGUUUGCCACUCCUGCCAGAAUGCACCGAGCAACACAAAAGAAUGUAUGCAAACCGACGAACCAAAAUCAAAUCCACUGAUUGAUUCCAAAAGCACCACUGUCUUCCCCCAUCAAAAAAAAGAAAUACCUGGACAAGGACAUCUAGCCACAGCACUCAUUAUCGCCAUGUCAACCAUUUUCAUCAUGGCCAUCGCCAUAGUUCUUAUAAUAAUGUUUUAUAUCCUGAAGGCAAAGCCGGGUGGCCAAGCAUGUUGUUCUGGCAAAGUUGUGAAAGCCGUGGAGGCCCAAACCAUCAAACAGGAAGACAAGAAAGAUGUCCCUGACAAUGUGGUGAUCUUCUCGGAGAAGGACGAGUAUGACAAGCUGAAAGCGGCUCCUCAGAAGACGGUGAAAAGUGAGAAUGAUGCAUCGUCAGAGAAUGAGCAGCUGUUGAGUCGCAGCAUCGACAGUGACGAGGAAGCAUCAGACAAGCAAGGAUCGGUCGAGAGCACGUCCCCCAACCCCAGCUGUUGCCUGGUGGACCUGGGCAACAAAUCUGACCUCUCCCUGCUCUCUCUGGGACUCUUGGACCGCGGCCGCACAUCCAAUGGUGCCCCGGUGGUCGCAGCCAGCCACGCCAUCAACAUCCAGAGUCCCAGCUACAUCAACAGUGUCAACCACGUUGCUUCCAGCAACCACAUCAGCAGCAUGAACGGGAUCAACAAUAAUAAAACCCCAGGGAUGCUACAGAGUCGAAGAAAAAAGAUAUUAGAGUUGUAUGCUAGAGCCUGCCAUGUGACUGAAGGACUGAGCCCUACAGAGCUUCCUUUUGACUGCCUAGAGAAGGCCAGUCGCAUGCUGAGCUCCUCCUACAGCAGUGAGGCGGCCGUGGUUAAGACAUGGAGGCACCUGGCAGAGAGUUUUGGCCUGAAGCGUGAUGAGAUCGGCGGCAUGAGUGAUGGCCUACAGCUUUUUGAAAGAGUGAGCACGGCUGGCUACAGUAUCCCUGACCUCCUCACUCGGCUGGUGCAGAUCGAGAGGCUGGACGCUGUGGAGUCGCUCUGCGUGGACGUGCUUGGAACCAGCGAGGUGGUGGCAGUCGCUGGACGACAAAGUAUCAACAGCUUCCACAGCCAGUUGGUGUGUUCUUCCCAGUGCAUUUCUCCCUCCCAGCGCUGUGCCAGUGUCUAAAGAUUUGGUGCAGCAAAGACUUGAGACAGGGGGAUCUUUAAGUACACAUUUAUGUAAGGACAGAGUUGUCACUGACUCGGAGGACACUGCAUAUGAGUGUACAUUUUACCCCCAUCACAUGAAGAAUGCCUGUGGGCGUCUUGUCCACAUUCCUUAAUUUUUAAAAAGCUAAGAGUCCAAAUAACAUGAAAUAAAUGUUUGUAUUUUAUAUUUUUGUUGGAAAGUAUGAGGGAGUACCUAUCAAUAUAAUCUAUUGAUUAGUACAAAAAUGUCUCCAAUUUCCAUUUGGUUCUGCUCUGCAAGAAUUUAAUGAUCAAACUCAAUUUCUGUCUUUAUGAUUUACCUUGAUGUGUUCCUUGAAAUAGGUGAAAGCCUCUGCGCCGGACGCACCUUGACAUACUAUUUCUUUCCAUCCAUCCAUCCAUCCAUCCAUCCAUCCAUCCAUCCAUCCAUCCAUCCAUCCAUCCAUCCAUCCAUCCAUCCAUCCAUCCAUCCAUCCAUCCAUCCAUCCAUCCAUCCAUCCAUCCAUCCAUCCAUCCAUCCAUCCAUCCAUCUCUUUACACCUGUAGAUUUAUAAUGGGAUUUAGGUCAGGCCAGUUUGCUGGUCAGCCAAGCACAGUGCUACAGUUUAAGCAGUUGUUGGUACUUUUGGCAGUGUGGGCAGUUGCCAAGUCCUGCUAGAUAUUCAAAUUCAACAUUUCCACAAAGAUCAUCAG